AUGCAUUUAUCAUUUAUUUUGAAUCCAACUUCUACAUCCAACAUCGGUUGUAGUAAUAAUAGUAGUAUAUCUAAUUGCAAAACAGAUAUAGUAGUAACUAGCACGUGUAACCAGCAGCAACAGCAAUCAUCAUGUCAAUCAUCUUCAACAACACCAACCAAAUCUUUUUUAAACGAUCUUUCAAAUAAUAAUAAUAAUAAUAAUAAUUUUAAUAAUAAUAAUGAGUUUAAUAAUAAUAAUAAUGAUAAGUUUAAUAUAGUAAAUAAUUUAAGUAAUAGCAACAAGUUAAAUCCAAAUUAUAAUCAUUUCAACAACUCAUAUAAUCAUCAUUUCACAAACUUUGACACUGCACUAUCACCACUCGACUCUCUUUCCGAAAUUUCCUGUUCAUUCGAAUCCUCACCAUACUUCCCACACUCACCAGUCACCUUUUCACCGAUUUCACCGAUCUCACCAAGGUCACCGAGAGCCGCUGCUUUUUCACCAAGAACACCAAUCUCUUCACCACCACUUUCACCAAUGUUCUCGCCUUCGUCACCAUCGAGCUCAAAGGCCAACGAGUCAAGCCAAGUAGUUCCAAAGAAGGAAAACAGCAUCAAGAAGGCUCGUAAGUCCUACGAAGUCUCAAAGAAGCUCGAGAUCCUCGCCGAGAAGGACAAGUUUGGUAUGGCAUUCGUCGUCGACAAGUACGAGAUCUCAAGAUCAAUCAUCUCCAGAUGGCACUCGAAUGCCGACAAGUACCGUGCCUUCCAAAAGAAGAACCUCAAGAAACUUCACAAGGGUCCAAAGGCUUCGUUCUCUGAGGAACAAGAGCGAGUCAUCAUCAGCAGAAUCGAAGAGUACAAGCAAAAGAACCCAGGUGAAGUGGUCAACGGUGAAACCAUCAAGAACAUUGCACUCCAAUUCUCAAAUCAACUUGGAAACAACAGUUUCAAGGCAUCUUCUGGUUGGUUAGAAAAUUUCAAGAAUCGUUGGAAUCUUCGUAGUAUUUAA